CCACACGUUGUCCUUCCAGUGCUCCGGCUGCUUGGAUUCUCCUGUUCGCUGAUACAUACAGGACCACAGUCAAAGAAGCUCCGAGUCCAGCACAUUGGAAGGAUGAAGGUCACCUUUUUAACAUUUUGCUUGAUUGGUUCAGUUUUUGCAAACCCAAUUUUUCACAAUGUCUGGGUUUCCAAUGAGCUCGAUUCUAACUCGACUGAAAGCUUGUCUGUUUCACAAUCUUCUGAAAACAGCACCUCAGAGCUACAGAGCUCAGAGGAAAACACCUCAAAUCAAAGUUCGGAGUCUGAAUCGUUAGAGUCUACCUCAGAAGACACGACCUCAGAGGAGAGUAACAGUGAAUCAGAUGAAGACAAUGUGGCAGAUUCUAUGGCUGAAAACCAAGAUAACAGCAUGGGAAGUGAGGAGAAUGUUCGAAAGCAGAGUUGGGUGAGGGUGUUUGCGAGUGUCGUCAAAGUUCUGAGCACGGAGGACAACACGAGCGCGGAGGUCAAAGGUCACUCCGACCACCUGAGCAACGAGCUGGCCAUCAACCCCCCAUCUCACACCUCCACCCAAAACAAGGCCCUGGAAAGCCACGCGAACCUGCCGCUGCAGAACAACCCCACAGACAGCAGCGACACAACCAGCGACAGCGCGGAAACCAGCGACAGCACGGCCGCCACCAGCGACAGCAGCCAGAGCACCAGCAGCGAGAGCCAGGAGAGCAACAGCAGCGAGGACAGCGAGAGCACAGAGGACAGUAACGCCAGUGACAGCACCGAGCUGCAACAAGUCAAAGACUGUGUGAAUGGCACACAGAGCUGUGAGAGCCAAGAAGAUUUCCACCAGAGUGUAGGGGACGAUGCCCACUUCUCAUUGGAUCAUAUGAUGGUGCCAGAUGAGGAUGACAGAGAGUUCAGGCUGAGGAGAUGAUGACAUGCACACGUGCAGCUUCAGAAGCACUACAAAAGGCCAGCCUAAAGACUUAGAGAUGACAGUUGCUUGCCAUCUCUUCUGAACGUUGAUUAUGGCAUUAGACUACCUGUAACUGAUAGAAUCUUGUGUGUGAAAAUGAGAGAUUUACCCUGAGCAAUUGCUUUGAUAUUUAUAAUUAAAAAC